AUGUGAUACGUGCGCACGGUUGUGUUUUUUACAGCGCCUGUCCCUUUAAUUUUCUGAACACGGCAACUGCAGUUAUGUCCUCUUUUGGUUUGUAUGUAUGUGUCAUAAUUACAUCAAAGAUUAUCAGAGACCGUUGUAAAGACGCUGUUUAUACAGUUUGAAUGGCUUUCUGUUUUACCGUUCCGUCUUGACUCCUGAAGACAUCACUGAGCAACCUUCACGGCCAGAGUUGCUACAUCGCAGUCACCGGCGGCCGUGUGAGUGCGAACAGUUAAAACGGAGAGGUGACUUGCUGGGACAAGCAGUCGUACCGGCGCAGCAUCGCUAAUCGGGCACCGGAAUCAUCCAAAACGUCUGCGUCGCUUUAAUCUGAAGGACAUCAUCGCCAGCCUCCUAUAGGAUCUUAUACGUGUUUACAGACGAGCCGACACACUUUAAAAAUCACCCUCACGCAGGCUGUCCUCUCUCUGCAAGAAUAUUGACGGACGGAUGAAGUCAAUCAUCUCAGAUUUAUUUAUGUAAUGUAUCUUUCGCUCGCGCAUCCUCCCCCCUGCUCACCUGCCGUAUCGGUCUCUGGCGCGCCGGCAUGCCGAGGUCUCCCCGAUGAGGAAGAUCAGGUCUCCGGGAUUCCUGUCCGGCGACGCUCUGCAUCUUCUGCACAUUACCAAGGACGGGACUGACACCAGAGGACGCGUACUUAUGCUCUGCGCCGUUUGUCUUUGAUCAGCUUCCCGGACCAGAUUCCUCGUCUUCACCUGUAAGCUGUGUGUCGGGUCGGAAAGAAUACCAAAAACAAUCGGACUGACUCGGAGGCAAGGGACAUGGAUCCAGUGCCACAGAACCCAAGACCCCCCAUGUUGGUGAAGUCGACAGCUCCAGAACCGGUACCUGCGUUAGCCGCUACCCCAGUGCUACCCCUGCCGCCCGCUCCGACUGGCCCCACGGCCUCAGCCAAUGCCCCAGUGCCCUCACCUCUUUCUGGGGCCCGGCGACCCAGGAAACUCCCUGGUGUGGGCCCAAAGCAGGCCGUGGCUGCGGAGCUGUCUGGGCCAGAAUCUCCCUGGUCCCAGCCCUCCCCCGCGGUGCUGACAGGCCCCAAUAGACACAGGCCGGCCCGGCCCCAGGCAGUGCCCUCACCCCCAGGGCUCCGGGGACCAAUGCUGACGGCCAGCUCCACCCCGGGGAGGGCCACUGGAGUGUCACUGUCUCCUCCUGCCCCCCUCCAGCUGCACCCUGUGCCCCCGCCCACCAGGGGCGUCUCCAGCAGGGGGGCUGCAGACACCUCACCCCAGGAUAAAAGCACCAGCCAAUCAGAGGAAUUCAGGGUGCACAUAGUCACAUGGAAUGUGGGCUCAGCUGUUCCACCUGAUGACAUCACUGCACUGUUUGGGCCAAAUAUUGGAGAUGGGACCAUUGACAUGUAUGUCAUUGGGCUGCAGGAGGUGAACUCCAUGAUCAACAAGAGGCUGAAGGAUGCCCUCUUCACAGACCAGUGGAGUGAACUGUGCAUGGACACCCUCAGCCGAUUCCAAUACGUGCUGGUGACGUCUGAGCGGAUGCAGGGUGUGCUGCUCCUGGUGUUCUGCAGGUAUUCCCACCUGCCGUUUCUGAGAGGGGUUCAGACGGAGAGCACCCGCACCGGCCUGGGGGGUUACUGGGGGAAUAAGGGCGGGGUGAGCGCGCGGAUGAUGGUGUACGGUCACCCUGUCUGCUUCCUGAACUGCCACCUGCCGGCGCACAUGCAGAACGUGGAGCAGCGCAUGGAGGACUUCGAGAGCAUUCUGCAGCAGCAGCAGUUCGAGGGCCCGGCCGCCACGGGGGUGCUGGACCACGACGUGGUCUUCUGGUUCGGGGAUCUGAACUUCCGCAUUGAGGGCUACGACACACACGUGGUGAAGAGCGCCGUCGAGAACAACAUGCUGAAACUGCUGUGGGAGAGAGACCAGCUGAACAUGGCCAAACAGUGUACACCGUUACUGGAGGGCUUUAUGGAGGGACCCCUCAAUUUCCCCCCAACCUACAAGUUUGACGUGGGAACACACACCUAUGACACCAGUGCUAAGAAGAGGAAGCCAGCCUGGACAGACAGAGUGCUGUGGCGGCUGAGGGCCUCGGUGUCCCCUGGGCCUACCCAUAAUGCCGCUCUGCAGCGGGGCCUGACGUCCUGGCUGAGUAACGGGACAAAGGUGACGCAGCAGGCGUACCGCAGUCACAUGGGCUUCACCAUCAGCGACCACAAGCCCGUCUCCGCCGUGUUCUCCCUGCAGUUCUCCUACAAGGUGGAUGUUCCCUUGGUGACUCUUGUGGUGGAGGAAGAGUGGAACAGUGUGUCAGACGCUACGGUCAGAUUCAAACUGGCCUCAAACUUCUCCCGCAGUUCCUCAGACUGGAUUGGCCUGUACAAGGUGGGGUUCAGGCAUCACAAAGACUAUGCAGCGUAUGUGUGGGCCAGACAGGAGGAGUUCGAACACCUGGCACAGGAACACCAGGUCUGUUUCCCAGAGGAUGAUUUGCCCAAGGGCUGCGGGGAAUAUAUUGUGGGUUACUAUAGCAACAAUAUGAACAGCAUCGUGGGAGUGACAGAACCCUUCCAGGUGGACCUGCCGCUGUGCAGCCCGCGGGUUCGGCGGCGUUCGCGCUCCGCCAGCAGCUCAGAGGACGACAGCACGCUGGUGCUGCUCCCGCCGCAGUCCCGCAGCCCGAGCCCGGCCACGCCCAGCCAGCGCAGCCGCAGCCGGAGCCCCGCCCUGCCCAGCCUCAAGGGCCUCAACCUGCGACCACGCCCACAUUCCCGCGACCCCGCCGGCCGCAGCCCCUCCCCCCGCGCCUCCCCCGCCCCCGCCCUGCCCCGCAGCCCCGGCACUCCCGGGAUCGAGGUCAGCGCCCCCGAGGCCCUGAUCGCAGCCAUCAUGGGGCCCGGUCCGGCUGCACUCUGCGGGGGGAGGCCACCAGGCGAGGCCAGGGAUGCAGCGUUAUGACAGGCCGAGGAGGAGCAGGACCGGGGAGGAACGCAUCAGACUCAUUCACACUUUCUCCUUCCAGCAAGGACGUUUCCUGUGCAUGACCUGGGGUCAGCCGUACAGCUCCUUUAUCGCUGGACUCCACCACCCUCCAUCACCCCAGAUCAGCCAGCUGCAGGGCUGGGCUGCGUGUCCAGGGUGACCACUUCACC